AUGCUGCGUUCCACGUCGUACAUUGGAGGCAUCGGCGUCAGCGAUCGCGGGUCUUUCGAAAUGUCAGCUACGCCGCAAUCAGCCGGACCCAGUGCUAUGGAAGAGAAACGCCUUCACCUCAUGAUUGACAACAGUCCCAUUAUGGAUGAUAAUACUUAUCCGGAAUUAGUGCCGUCUACCUGUUUGGGUGUAUCUCGUUCCGGUACGGCCACAUUGUUAAACAGAACAAUUUCGGAUGAAAGUGCGAACAGUUCGAGCAGAUUUUUUAUGCUGAAAAAGGAUUCGGAGCGGCGGCACACAUUGGCGCAGUUCAUGUCCGACUACUCUGAACAGAUCAUCGAUACAUGGAUGCGUGGUAUUAUUGCGUCAAUGGACAGUGUCAAAGUAGUGUCAAUUCAGGUCACAACGCACAUGCUGGAGACGUUACUCGACGGGAUGCGUGAAUUUCUACUUAGGAAGGAAACGAGGCACAUACAGGAUGCACUGGAUGAGAUUCGCUGUUUACUUGACUACGACACGGCGAAAAUUUCCCAAGUGAAUAUGGCAAUCUUCACUUUCUCGGAUUCGAUCCAGCCAGUCCUUCGACGACUCGAUAUCAAGCCGCACUGGAUGUUUGCGCUAUCAAACCUGAUUCAGAGCGCAGUGCAGACGGCAAUUUCGCUGUUAAGCCCAGAUGUCUCGGCUCAACUGCAUGUCCAAGACGCGGCUACACUGGUUACGUAUUUGGGCCCGCGGACUUCUGUCUCCAGGGAGUCCGGUCAGUCUGAAAUAGAAAUAGCAGAUAGCAGUCGUCCUCCUUCACGUGAUGAACGAAGAGAAGAGCGCAGAGAAUACCUGAACGCUAUCACCGAAGCGAACGACAAACUACGAGAAAAGCUCAUCGCUGCACAGGAAGAACUAAAACAGCAUCUGAUUUCCGGCAUUGCGCAAACGCAGAACAUGCGCGACAUGGCAGCAUCGUGUGCAUUGUCGAGUGCACUGUACAGUGGAUGGCGCGGCGCUCCUUUGCGCAGCACUUAUCCUCCAUUCAGUAACGGUACCCUUCCACGAUUUGAUGCAAUCUCAUCACCGAUUCACAAAAAUCACAAAAUAAAUCAUACAGUCGAUGGUCACAUGAGCAGAGCAACCGAAGAGCUGGUGUCAUGGUUACGUUCAUUAGAAAUUGAUGAGCGGUCGUUGCGUUUGAUUGUCGCUGAACAGUAUACUAAACAGGAUAUAUUUGAGCUUGUGACGAGAGAAGAACUGUUGGCGUUAGGCGUAACCGGCGGUGCCACAUGUCGGAUUUGGCGCGUGGUCUGUGAAACACGGGAACGUUCGCGGCGCGCUCCGGUGUUUCUGUCACCCAUGCGAAGUCGCGAUGAUUCGCUGGACGACUACCACUCUUCAAUCGCUGAUGAAAUGUACACAGUAGCUGAAAUGACCUGA